UCGGUCAGUCAGACAGAGAGGCAGGGCAGACUGCUGAAAGGGGGAGUGGACACAUAUAGAGCAGAGGGGAAAAGAGGAGAAGAGAGAAAGAGGGCUAUCCACUCAUCUCCGACAGUAGGGAUAUUGAUGCGCAUACUUGAGUGAAGAGGAAAAUAAAACGACAUGAGUUUAGGAGCAGCAUGUGUCUUCCUGAGGGGAGGGAAGCAUAUUGACAGAGAGCUGGCCGAUGACGAAAUUGAAGAGCUGCGCGAGGCGUUUGCUGAGUUCGACAAGGACAAGGAUGGGCUGAUCAGCUGCAAGGACCUGGGCAACCUGAUGAGGACAAUGGGCUACAUGCCCACUGAGAUGGAGCUGAUCGAGCUGAGCCAGAACAUCAACAUGAACCUUGGUGGGAGAGUAGACUUUGAGGACUUUGUUGAGCUGAUGGCCCCAAAGCUGCUGGCUGAGACUGCUGGGAUGAUCGGCGUGAAAGAACUGAAGGACGCUUUCAAAGAGUUUGACGCGGACGGAGACGGAGAGAUCACAACAGAGGAGUUACGAAACGCCAUGACCAAGCUGAUGGGGGAGCACAUGUCUCGAAGAGAGAUUGACUCUGUGGUACGAGAGGCUGACAACAACGGUGACGGGACAGUAGACUUUGAAGAGUUUGUUAGAAUGAUGUCACGCCAGUGAGGAGGACUUCUUGGAAAAAUGAUUAUUUCUCACACACACGUUUGUAUUACUAUCCUUGUGGGGAUCAAACAAUUGAUUCCCAUUAAAAUCCUAUUUUCCCUAACCCCUAACCCUAAGCCCUAAAAUAGCCUUUUUCCUUGUUGGGACCGGCAAAAUGUCCCCACAACCAAAACCAAACACAAACACAGCCCCGCACACACCCGCACACAC